UCAGCAGCGCCUGUGAUCGCACGCCGUUUUGUGCUCGUCGUACAAAUUUCGCUUGUUGAUUUGCCGGAGAAAACUGUACUGUCAUCUCGCAGCAAACUCAUUGCUUCGAGACUCCGAAAUUUUUUUUAAACUUCACUUUCGGUUGAUUCAUCAGUGAUAAACAUGGCUCUUGUGGACCGAGAACCGUCGAGAUAUCUGCCCGAUUACGAUGUCCAGGCACCCAAGCAGCUGCACUUCAGCCCCUACGCCGAUAACGGAGGGAGCGUUGUAGCCAUUGCUGGUGACGAUUUUAGUAUCAUAGCUGCUGAUACACGUCUGAGUGCUGGAUUUUCAAUCUACACACGUAAACAAGAAAAACUAUUCACCCUGUCGUCCAACACUGUUCUAGGAUGCUCAGGUUGUUGGUGCGACACUCUCACAUUGACAAGAGUCAUGGCUGCUCGUAUGCAGAUGUAUGAACAUGAGCACCAUAAAACUAUGGCGACACCAGCCGCUGCUCAGAUGUUGUCCACUAUGCUAUAUUAUAAGAGGUUUUUCCCAUACUAUGUUAGUAACAUUUUGGCUGGUCUUGAUUCAGAAGGCAAAGGAGUAAUUUAUAGAUAUGACCCUGUAGGUCAUUGUGAAAAAAAUUAUUAUGUAGCUGGAGGUUCAUCUGGUGCAUUGCUCCAACCAUUAUUAGAUAAUCAGGUUGGAUACCUUAAUCAAGAAAAUGUAGAGAAAGUACCAAUAACUAAAGAGAAAGCUUUGGCAAUCAUUAAGGAUGUAUUCACUUCAGCAGCUGAAAGAGAUAUUUAUACUGGUGAUGGAAUUUUCAUUAAGAUUAUUACAAAGGAUGGCAUUGCCACAGACUUUUUCGAAUUAAGAAGAGAUUAAUUUUAUAGAUCAUUAAUUUUUAUAAAACUUGUUUGAAUUUAAAUAAAUUGUACUUUAAAUCCA